AUGAGCAGCGGCAAGCGUGGGACGUCGCCGUCGCCGUCCGCGGCGGCGGCCGCCGCGCAGGGCAAGAGCAACCCCGCGCAGCGUGAGAUUCUGCAAACGGCACGCCUCUCGCUGGAGCUGACGCGGGCCGAUGACGUGUGGUCGUCGUGGUACAAGGAGUCGGAGGACCAGUUCGCCGACUUCCAGUCCUUCGGGGAGACGGAGGGGGGGCCGAACGCCCCCGCCGCGGCAGGGCCCAAUGCCGGCAGCGGCGGCGCCCAGUUUAGCAGUUCCCACCGCACACUCAGCGCCCGCCGGGUCAGCGGGCUGUUUGAGGAGGAGGUGCUGAAGUCGUGGGAUGAGGACUGGGAGGACGAGGACGUGGAGGACACGUUUGACGCCAUCAUGGGCCAAAUUGGGCGCUACGAGGCCUUGCGGGCAGCCUCCGCGCCCAAGUGA